AUGGCGGACAAUAGCCCCCAGCCUCCCUGCGAGGCGUCCCUGGCUCAAAGACUGCGUUCACGAAAGUUCAUCGGCCAAGAAGCCGUCGACGCCAUCCAUGGGCGAAAGCUUCCUUUCCAUCUGGGAAGACCCUUGGUGCAAUAUUGCAUUGUUCGCGGUAUUCGACAUCACCUCGACUUUGCCCAGGGUGAGGCCAAUACAUUAAAGGGACUUUUGCCCAUCUUCACAAAAGCCAUCAACGCCAGACUCAUCAUGAGCAACCAAGUACCUGAUAUGCAGACGUCAGAAGACAUGCCAUACUGCAUUUGGCACCCAGAUGUACCCUCGGAGGAUACUCUGCGCAAGCUUGCCGAGCGAUAUCCCGAUUUUCAGUACCAGGUGGGAAGGGCGUGUGCCAUUGCUGGCUAUGCAGACCUCUACAAGUCUUUGCAGAUUCUUCCCGAAGCGGCCAUUGCGGAGGAGGCACGAGAAUCUGGCAACCUGGAAAUACAUGAGUCAAUAGUCAAAGAGGUCGUCAAAUGGAAAGUAUUCGACGACUAUACCGGCACAAUACUGGUGCCCACUCCAUCUCGUCUCAAUGCGGACACGGUAGUUUACAAGAGACUACACGCUUUCAGACAGGGCUUUAGAACGCCAGUGGGAAGAAUUGAAGGCGAAGAGGGCGAUCCCGAGCCUGAUGAUGAGCCCGACUCGGAUGACGACAACUGGCUAUUCUCAGACCACUUUACAGAGGGACCUUACGGCUACCACCCCCUUCACCACAACGUAACGGGAGACAUGGGUCUGGACGCACCUGAUACUUGGCAGCAAAUGCCCAAGUUUCGCAAGUCUAUUCCACCUACCCCUUCACGGCCCGUCUCACAGGCGGUGCUGGAUCUUCUGUGCAACCCGUUGCCUGCCGAUCUGCCAGUAUGCGACAAGGACGUCUUGAUUGUCAUGGCAGCCUAUCGAGGUGACUUGGACCGAUACUGCCGAUUAAGGCGCCCAUAUAUGGUAACCAACGAGCUUGAAGCCAUCGUACGGGGAAUAUAUCACAAUAGUCAAUUUGCAAAAUGGUGGUCGACUCAACCACCUCUGGCCGAAUCCGCAUGCGCUCCUAUCUCAGCGGCAAUAUGUGCUCGGUUUAUCAUGAAUGACGACAUUUCCUUUGCCCUUAAGCAAGCCAGCCACGACCUGCCGCAAGCCUGGUGCGUCGGUCCUCCCAACAUGAUUUUUUACCCGGAUAUUGCCCAUCCAGAGACAUAUGAAGCUCUGGCACGAGCUAUUCCGGCCAUGAGGAUGCCUGUGGCUCGGGCGGCCAUAUAUGCGAACUACAGAUCUGUUUUUGACUUGGUCAUGACAGAGCUAAACCAGGACUUGACUGGUAUCAGGCUGGAUUACACCCUCUACGUCCAAGCACUUGCAAGUCCCGAUCCAUACUACCGCGAAACUCUUGAACGACUGGCUGAAGAGCAGGGCACGUCCGAUACGUUGAAAACAUGGUCGCCAAAACUGAAACCGUGGGAACAAAUGUCUCUCAGGCAAGCCCGGACUGGGGACCAGUCAAAUGUUCUGUAUGAUGAUAUCUAUGCCUGGCGGGAGAUUAUUUCUACAUCAGACGGCCAGUGUCACCACCAUGCGAUUUAUGAUGGGAUACAAUGCAACACGAUUCAGCUUGAGAGAUACCUUUCUCUACCCAUGGAAUGGCGACCAACAGAGAGGGACGUUGAUGAGAGUACGAGAGAAAGGAGGUUGGACUAUAAAGACUGGCCACCUCGCUCUGCUGAGUUGUUAAAUACAAAGCGAGGCUCAGCUAAGAACUUGUAA